AUGAAGGUGUUAUUCAACCAGUCUGUGGUCGCGGUUAAGUGGCCCGAAGGACUGCUCGAGCUGGAUUUCGGGCUGAAUUUCAACAUGCCAAUCGAGGGCACGUCGUUUCCCCAAGGAUUGCGGUCGAUAUGCCUCGGCCGGUGCUUCAAUCAGGACGUCACCCGCGUUUCGUGGCCGGAAAAAUUGACUCGGAACGCCUUCAUAAAGGUUGAAACUCCCCAACGUCUGUCGAGGACGAAACCCUCUUUUCCACAAUGGCGUCGACAAAGAGAUGUCAGGUGUCUGCUUUUGGUUGCAAACGACGCGGGUUCAAAACCCGCUGCUCACCUAGUUUUCUUCCGUAGUACGGAAAAAGAAAAACGGUGGGUGGGCCAAGAAACGAUGCACUGUCUAUCGAACUCGAAACUCCUGGCAAUACGUGGCGGAAGUGGCGCACCCGCAACACGCACAGAAGAUUGUUGGAAAAAAAGGUGAUUCUACUCGCCGCCAGCCGGUCGGGUUCCGGUUACCCCAAGAAGACUUCUCUUGCCUAGCAAACAAGAAGAAGCCUCGAAAAAGGGGGGGGUCAUGUGGAGAACACCUUCA